CUGAAGCCGCGACGCUCCGAGCUUCAGGCUGAACUCAGGUUCUGGUUUUUAGUGACUCUGUCGUGUUUUCAAAGGACGGAUCAGACGCGAACAUGAAGACUGAAGCAGCUGUAAGUAUCUGUGAGACGUCCUCGUUGAUCUGUGUGAACAACUGAAACCAGAUUAUCUGAUUCACUUUGAAAAAAACAGAACAAGCUGAGGCAAACACUGACAUUAGACCUGAGAUUUAAUCUGUCGGACUAAUAUUUAAGUCAUUGAUCAAACAUUUGACAGUUCCAGCUCCUCCAGUUUGAGUAUUUUCUGCUCAUCUCUGUCUCAUGUGAUUCACUUUACAUCUGAUCGACUGAUCAAACAGAGCAGAGGCUACACUUUGACACGGUGGUGCUUUUGGCUAAAUGCUAACAUCAACAUGCUAACAUGCUCACAAUGACAGCACUAACAUGCUGACCCUCAUUGGAGCCCAAAUCAUUUAGCUUAUAUAAAGUGGUGGAGGAAGAGAUGAGAGCUCAUCAGACACAUUAUUAUAUAACUGUUAUCUGUGUUCUGUCUUCAGUCCAAACGUGUUUCACAAAAAGACUGAAACAGACUGAAACUCAACAACCUCCACUCUUUGACAUAAACUGAAGUGAAACAGUCCAAAGACAAUAUAUUUAGUGUUUGACCUCAUCAACCUCGUUUAUCUCUGUAAAUACCUGCUUAUUAUUAAUAACUAUUGAAUCAUUUUAUCUGAUGCAACAACACAUUUCAAACAAGUCGUUACAGGAGCAACAAAAGAACUGAAGACUGAGAGAAGAGAACAUGUUGUUUCCUGACAAACCGUUUGUAAAUGUAUGUUCAUGACAUGUGACUCAUUCUGCUUGAUUCCACAUUGAAGACAUGAAGGAUGAGCUUCAAAACACAACUUUACAAAGAUUAACUCCAAAACUCUUCUGAGACAGAAAAGAAAAAGAAAAGUUCACAGAACAAAAGAGCGAAAUUAAAAGAUAAAUAAUGAGUCUCGCUGAGGAACCUCCAGAGGACAAUGACCAGAAAGAGCCUGAAAUAUGUCUCCAAGAGGACAACACGAUGAAUGAAUCUAACCCAGAAGACCAAAAGGACAAAAGGAUGAAAGACGUCAUGACAAGUCAGAGGGAUAAAAGGACCAUGAGCCCACUGAGUCUCCUCAAAGAGGACUUCAGCCAGUUUAAAGAAGAAGUGACCAGUGUCUUCAGCAUCAGCUCGUCCAAGGACAAAGACACGAAGUCCACAGAGAAAACCAUCAACCGUCUGAGCUCUCUCAAAGAGGACUUCAAUCAUUUAAAAGAGGACCUCUCUAACGUCUUCAGAAUUGGUCUCUCAAAGGAGAGAGACUCUGUGAAGGAAGACUCCUCGAACACCUUCAAGAUAAAAGUCUUGAGAGCUGAAAGGACUGAUGAACCCUUUAAGAGUCUGUUCAAAAGAGACCAAAAGACUUCUCAAAAAGCAGGAAACCGUCAGGAUGUUAAAAAGGCAUUUUUAGAGACUAGCGAGGAACAAAUGGACGAUGGUUUCAGGGGAAUCCUCUCAGAGCAGAAGGAGGAGACAGUCCACAUGAAAGGCGGGAUGGAUGACCUGGAGGACGGUGACGUGGACAUAACUGCCUCUGAGGAGAAAACUGAAAGUCUCUCUGAAACACAACAAAGUGAGGAGAUGAUUCCUGCAUCACAGGCAGCAGAGCAGAGAUCUGAGGGCGAGGAGUGGAGUGAUGACUCCUCUGUGGUGUCUGCAGAAGACAAGAGGAUAAACCAAGAAGAAGAAGAAGAAAAUAAGACACCAGAGACUCGUCCCUGUGAACCUCUGUCCUCUGGGAUCAGCCUCUUAACUCUGAGACACUCUAACAAAGAUGACAUGAGGGAUCAGCCAGGAGGAGACUUGUGGUCAGUGAGAAACUUUGCCUGCUAUUUGACCUUUGACCCCAACACUGCCAACUCAGAGCUCCAGCUGACCCACUGCAACAGGAACGUGACUCGAGUGUGGUCAUACCGUCAACCCCCUGAUCACCCGGACCGGUUUGAGCACUGUCCUCAGGUCCUGUGCAGGGAGGGACUGCUCGACUCAGCGUACUGGGAGGUGUUGUGGAGCGGUGGCGCCGACAUCGGCGUCACCUACAACAGCAUCUCCAGACAUGGAGACACGGCGAGCUGUCUGCUGGGACACAACGACUGGUCCUGGAGUUUGGAGUGUUCAGAGGGAAGCUACACACCGUGCCACGAUAACAAGAGGCUCAGGUCCUGCUCGCCCAGACCCUUCGCCCACAGAGUCGGGGUUUACCUGGACUGGUCUGCGGGCUCUCUGUCCUUCUACUGCGUCUCUCAGGACUCCAUGGUCCACCUUCACACCUUCACGUCCACCUUCACUGAGCCUCUGUACCCGGGUUUCUGGGUCUGGGCAUAUGAAGGCUCAGUGUCCCUGUGUCAUGUGACGUUAGACUGGGAACGCCUGCUGCAGUGAUGUCUGGAGGUGCUCAAAAUCAAUACACGUACAUAAAAGGAACAACUAGCGUUACUGUUCCUGGAUCAGCCCCUGAGUGUUCGCCUUCAUCAGCCUGGAGAGACAUGUUCCAGCCUUCAGAAAGCGCCUGAUAGAGGUCAUCACUCACAGCAUGAUCGCAUGUCAUUUCAAUCAAAGGGAAAGGACAUCUCGGUGCUAGCUCGGUUGCUACCUGACUGUUAGCUACUUGUUAGCUUGGUCUUUUGCAGAAUAACAAGAUCACACAGUUUGAUGAGACGUCACAUCAGUGUGAUGUCGUCCUGCCUCCUCACUGAGAGUAAACCAGGAAGUUUAUACUUUAAUAAAACUGGACGGCGACACACAGCUAAUAAGCUACGUUAGCUUCUUCAUUUUGAACUCUCCGGCUCUCCGUCCACUCAAAGCUCAGCUCCCACAAGACGGCUUUUUAUUGGUCAACGGUGCAAAUUCACAUGUUAUGAUCAUAAAUAUUCCCACAAUUCCCUUCAUGCACAAGUGAUUAAAGUGAUCAUGUUAGAAAUGAUCCUUUUCUUAUUUUUCAUUGUUUUUUAUUAAUAAAUACAAAAUCUGCUUUAAU